GCAAUGGCUGGACCUGUGAAACUUAGAGUAAUUCUAGCUGACAAUGAUGCCAGGAAGUUGAUCCUGCCUCAAGGGAUGCCUAGUUCUACUGAUGACCUCACACAAAUAAUCACUGACACUUUCCAGCUUGAUGGAGAUAUCCGGUUGCAGUAUCAAGAUGAUGACUUUGGUGGUGAGUUUAUUAAUUUGACAUCAGUAACUGAUGUUGAAGACAAAGGAACCUUGAAGGUCAUCUUUAAGACCACGGGACAAAACCAAGAAAAAGUCAAGGAAAGCUUGGGUUCUUGUGAGACUCCAGAAUCAAUUCCUGAGCACUCAACACUGCACAGGUCAGAUGAUUCUGCAUCAGUCUCCUCGUUUGAAACCGAUGACACUGUCCUUUUGUCUUCCCCUGAUCCUUCUCCUGGGUCAGUGCAAUCCGAAUCAAGAUCUACCCCGUGGCCACUUGUAUUUCCAAUUCCACGUUUCUCCUAUGACUCAGAAAUAAUUCUACAACAAGCCAAUGCUGAAUACCAUGCUAACAGAACUCGUCUUAGUCCAUCUCCAAAGCUGAAAUCGCACAUUCUGGAAAGCCUAGCUGAGGAAAUCAUAAAAUUCAAAGCAUAUCCAACGGAUGUAGACCUUAAUGCAGUGUCAGAAGCAUUGAUCAAUAAACACCCUUGCUUACGAGAGCAAGGCUCCUACAAUGGUUGCUAUGGGUGGAAAAUAAGCCUAAAGUAUAAGAUGGCGAACUUUCGUACCAAGCUCAGAAGUGUGGGGUGUUCUGAGGUAAGCAUAAAUACAUUAAAGAACAAAAAGCAAGACCAGUGCCAUGCUGCUUCAAACAUUAAGAAGCCUAGAAGAGCAGAAGUGAAUUACUGCCCUCAACAUCCAAAGGGAGAAACUUCUGACAGUCUGGAGAAAGAACGAGUUCAGCUUUUGACAGAGAUCAGAAAAAGAAACAACGACAAAAUAAUCAAAGAGAAGAUGGAAAGAACCUUUUCAUACAGAAGACAGGAAGUGGUUCAGAAGAAACCAAUGGUAGCAGAGUUUAAAACUCGAUGGCCAGCUCUCUUUAAUGUUGAUGAAAUCAAUAGUGAAUUCAUGCGGAUUACAACAGUCCCACUGGAGUUUAAGUUUCUUGCUGUGCUUGACCAAUAUUCAGACAGUUUGAUGAAGAUUUUUCACACUAAAGGUGGAGUCAAUGGCCGAACAAUAAAAAACAUCAUGCAACCCAUUUCACAGAAUAACAGCAUAGAUGUGCGAAGAGAAUGCAUCCUCAAAGCAUUGUGUGCAUACUUGAAUGAAGACCAUGUACAGCUGUUCAGCCAGUGUGCUGUAAGCAAAUGCUUCUCUUCCGUCUACUUCACUUUCAUAUAUUGCCUGUACUGUGUUCUUAAAGAUUAGUUGUCAUACAAAUGCUGCAUAUUUUGUUUAUUUUUAACAGGAUUGCGAUUGGUUGAUUGCCAAAGAAGCGAUGAAGCAGACAGUAAUGGGGAUCUACAUUGUUCGACAUGAAGGACAUGACCCAGUGGAUCAGCCUGUAGAUGUUGGUGUCGUGAUUGAAGGGACUGAGGUUCUCAGCUCUUUGAGGAAUGCAGCUGUAGCAGUGGCCAUGUUAUUCGGACUCAUUUACGCCUUGAACCUUAGCUACCCACGAGAACUCAAAUCUACAUUCGAGGUAAUCCAGAAAGUGUUCUUCAACCUGGAUGGACACAGACUUUCACCAAAAGUGCAAACCCUGAAGAACAAGAUGUUGGAGUAAGUUGACCUUGUUCUGUUUUGUUGUAGCUCAACACUGAGCAGAAAUUGUCUUAAAUCUUUUUAUUUUUUUUAAAUUGUAUAUUCAUUUAAUUUGGUUACAUGCAAUAUCAGUAUUGUUAAUCCUCUUUUUAUUUUUUUGGACGGUGGUUGGUUUCUAAGUUUUAUUUCUCGACUUGGCUGAAACUUUACAACUACUGCUGUAGUUGCUUUAAUGUGAUUCUUGAAAUAUCUAGUUGUAAGAUACUAGUUUUGAGAUUGUAGCUCAACACUAAGCACAAGUUGGUGUUGGUGUUUUUCUUUUUCUCUUGAAUGCAGUAAUUAUCAGGUUUACAUUAAAAGUGGUUGAUGUUUCAUUUAAUUUAAUUGCAUACAAAAGCAAUAUCGUUAAUCCUCUUGUUCUGGUUUGUAGUUUUAUUUGUUUUUCUAAAAUAUUUCUCAACCUGUCUGAAACCUUAAAACUACUGCUGUAGUUGCUUUAAUCUGAUUCUUGAAAUAUCUUGUUUUAAGAUACUAGUUUUGAGAUUGUAUCUCUACACUAAGCACAAGUUGGUGUUUUUUCCCUUGAGUGCAGUAAUUGCCAAAUCUGCAUUAAAAGUGGUUGAUUUUCAUUUUAUUUAAUUGCAUGCAAUAGCAAUAUUGUUUCUCCUCUAUUUCUAUUGUGUAGUUUUUCUUUAUUUGACUAAAAAUAUUUGUCAACCUGCCUGAAACCUUAAAACUACUUCUGUAGUUGCUUUAAACUGACCCUGGAAAUACUGUAUUUUUGAUCUGUCUUGUUCUAAGAUGGAGUAGUUUUGAAAUUGUAGGUCAGCACUGAUCGGUAAUUGCUGUUUUUUGUUUCACUUUGGACACUGAAUAAAGAAAGAUUUG